UGCACCGCGUCGACCAUGCACUAGUGCUCCGGCAUUCUCUUCUAUUCCUUAUCCGUCCCUGCGCCUGCGUGCUGACCUUGGGCGGCUGGCAAUUCCCUGAUCGUCUUCGGCUGGUGCACUCGAAGAACCUCUCUUUCUCUUUUCGACAUGCUGGCUCCUUCGCCCCCUGUGAACUUGGAGGGCCACUGCUCCGUCAUCUACAACAGCACUCUUUACACCUACUCCGCCGAUGGGUUCGCCUCGAUACCCCUCGAACGCAAUGCCUCGUGGAGCGAACUAACUAUGGGGGAGCCCGUCUCGGAUGCGGCGUGCGUGACCGGUGGUAUUGAUGGCGACGAAUCGCAACAGGCACUCUACGUUGUCGGAGGAACUGGCUCCCUGUCGGACAAACCCGGCCUGCAGCGAUAUUCUUUCCAGGACGAGAAGUGGACCACCAUCCAGCCCCCACAAUCAGUCAUGGCCAAUCGCACUCGCCACAAGGCCGUCUAUCUUUCCAACUCCUCCUCGAUUCUGGUCUACGGUGGCCACCAGACAGACGAAUCGGUCGCAUCUUCCGACACCUACGUUCUUAGCACCACCUCGCCGUACGACAUUGCGGCCCACAAUGCGACGGAAGCGUCACCUGCCACUGUGCCCGUACUGCUGCCGUGGACCGAUCGCGUCGCAGCCCUGGUAGGUGGCACGACAACCCCGAAAAAGGUACAUUUAUUCGACCCCACCGUGGGCUGGUACAGUUCAAACGUGACAUUGGCCAACUCGCUCUCCUCCGACGUACAAUGCGCCAUUCUCGACGGAUCCGAUGAAAGCAAGGUCUUGGAGGCCUUUGACAUGAGCGUUUCGCCCAACACGGUCUCCAGCGUCGUCUUGGUGAAUUCCGAUGGAGAGGAAGAGAACCCGGCGACAGUGCUCAGUUCGCAGUCUUCGUCCAGGAAGAGGGAUGCCACUCUCAGCGAUUACCCAACGUAUGACAGCAACCUCGCGGCAACCACGACCAGACAAAACUACUCAUUGGCACAGGGCAGUGAUGGACUCGUCGUGAUCUCCAGCGGCAAUGGCACCGACUCUUUGGCCAUCUUCAACCAGACCGCCAACAGCUGGGUCAACACCACGAAACUAUUCUACGGUGAUGAGUCGCAGCAACAGAUUCUCGGAUCCACGACGACGUCAUCAUCAUCAUCGACGGCAACCGCCACGUCCAGCACAACAUCUAGCGCCGCUGCCGGCAGUAGCUCGUCCAGCAACGAUGUUGGCACGAUAGUUGGCGCUACCUUGGGAGCCAUCCUGGGUGUCGCCGCGAUCUUGGUGAUCAUACUGCUCCUCAUCAAGCGCAAGAAGCAGAACCUGAAGAAGGCCCGAGGCGAAAACGACAAGGAUCGGCUUAGUUUCCAGGAUCAGGGCGUGGAGCCUUUAACCCAGUCGGCCUACCCAAUGGCGAAAAGCCCGCUACCUGUGGCAGCCUCCUCAGUAGACUCGCUUGCGAUCUUCUCAGGCAAGUUGGGCGACGAGAAGACUCCAAGGUCGGCCGGUGGUCGCUCCAACUUGGCGCCGAACUCGACUCCGCUGAAGUCGAGUCCACUGACGACCAUCCACUCCAGUGGAGAGUCCUCUUCUCCCAGCAUAUACUCGAAUGCUGCUUUGGACAAAGAACUUCAGAUCCAGGACUCUAGUGCUGGGGGUCGACCGGGUGAUCGAAGGACCAACGAAGGGUGGAGCCGGUACUUCCAGGACAACAGUACGACGACAAGCCUGGUCGCGCAGCCACAGUCUUUAAAACCUGCUUCAACCACCGAUUCGGUCAAGUCCGGACCAAAAGGACCUGCCUGGGCCAUGAAGACGCUGACACCGUUGGACUUUGGGUUCCUGGACGAGCCAAAGCCGCUGGGCAUGGUAAUAAGCGGCAGUCCCACAACCGAACACGCCUCGUCGAUUAUAUCAUCCGAAGGCCGAACGGUUGCUAUCCAAGAGAGCCAGUCGGCGCGGAUCUCGAGCGCGUCCUCACUGAGCGCCGAUUUGGAUGGCGACUCGCGUUGGCAACAGCCCAGCUGGAUGGGUCGACCGCCCAGUAGCACAUAUAGUCGAAGCUUCUACAACCCCAGCACGCACGUCCCUUCGAUGGCGGCGCCGUCGGAAAGUGACUACCGACCGUUUGACCCAUCACACACCAACACGCGGGGCUCUAGCAUCCUCAUACCCGAAAGGCUGGAACCGGAACCAAUGCCCACGCGCAAUGCCAACGUCAACCCGGACAUGAGCUGGCUGAACUUGAAUGCCGAUCGAUGAUAGCCCGGGGCAUAUCUAUCGGAUGUGAAACGCGAUCACCCUUCUUACGUCAACUAUGGACCCUCCCUUCCCCCAACCUUCGUUUCUGCGCCAUCGGCCCCGGCUCCGACCUGAUACCUUCCUUGGCCUGUUUACUUAAUGGUACCCACCCCGGAAGAU